AUGACAGUCAGCGUUAAGAUAUUAGUUUUAUUCUUGUGCCUGGGUCUGUGUCAGGCGCGUUUACGUCGCGUGCAGGCUUUGGGUCGCAGCGCUGAUUCGGACAAAGGUCAAGAUGAAAAUGUGGCACAACUUGUGCUUUUCGCGCCCGGAGAACAGCUCAAGCCGGAGAGCCAAAACGAGCCCAAUUUCCAUGAGCCACAGAUUAUCGAACAAGAGCCAGAGAAGGAUGGACGCAAGGUACCCGACUAUCUGUACUCCAAUGCGAUUCCCCUGCUGCACGAGUCCAAUGUCAAGUAUCGCCUGCCUCAGUUGACCGCCUUUCCCGUCAGCUACGGACAACAAAUUGUCAGCAAUCCAAGUCGAGCUUCCGCGAACAACAACAAACUCGGCUUGGACGCCUCUUCGUAUGUGCUGGUGCCACGUGUCCAACUGGGCUUCAAUCUGCAGAGCCAAGCAGGUCUGAGCUUCCCAGGAUUCAAUCUGAUGCCCAGCCCACAGACCGGCCUACCAACUGAACCGAAGGAGGAGGCACAGCAAACCGCAUACAUUCCAAUUCCAGUGCCCGGGCCACCUGGACCCCCGGGUCCACCAGGUCCGCCAGGUCCGCCAGGUCCAGCCGGGCCUCGCGGCUUCACAGGUGCAACAGGACCACGCGGCAGGGACAGCACACGCGCAUCACCUGGCAGUGUGGCCAAUACAGCACAGCCGCCACAAAGCCUUUGGUAUACCCAGAGCAACAGCAAUAUCAAUGGGAAUAAUCAGCCGCAAUAUGAACAUUUCUCGAGUGGUUAUCAAAACUGA